AUGGCCAAUGAGUUCCGAGCGAAGGAGCUGACGGGCGUGCUUUGGGCCUUCGCAGGUGCCAGCUGGUCAGAGAGAACGCUCACAGGAGCCCUAGCAAGAUCAGCUCAACUCAAGGCCGAGCACUUUCGCCCGGCGGAGUUGGCGACGCUGGCCGCGGCCUGGGCCAGGCUCGGGCAGAUGGACAGCUCCAGCUGGGCCUACCGUGCUUGCUUGCAGCGCACGACCGGAGCCGGCCGAGAUGCUUGGAGCAGGCUCUCUGCUGAUGAGGUGGUGGCCACAGUCUGGGCAUUGGCACAGGCCAAGAAGCAUGGAGUGGAAGAAAUGCUCGAUGAAGCGGGCGCCCUGGAUGCCGCGGCGACGGCGUGUGUGGGCCUCGCGAGAGCGGGGCGCUUCACAGCAGGCUUCGUGUGCACCGCGGUUUCGCCAAAGCUGCAGUGCCCUGGCAGCCUUGGCACGCUUGGCAGGGACCUCAGGACUUACUUCAACAUCGAAGCGGCGGCUGAGAAGGUGCGCUUGACUCUGGUGAUGACCGGCACCGACUUCGAGGACAAGCGCAUUGAGUUCAAGGACUGGGCCACCUUGAAGCCCACCACGCCCCAUGGCCAGCUGCCCAUGAUGACCUUGACCCAGCCCGACGGCACCGAGACGAAGUUCGCGCAGUCCGUCGCCAUGAUGCGCUGGGUCGCCAGGAAGUUCGACUCCAGCAACACCCUCUACCCCGCAGAUGCAGAUGCCAUGCUGGAGAUUGAGGAGCUCAUCGGCCUGUCAGAGGAUAUGGCAAGGGCUUGGGCACCGGCCUUGUACAUGGGCAUGGGGCGGCACACGAGCUAUGGCUAUCCUGAGGACUGGCCUCAGAAGCAUGCGACGGUGAAGAAGUUGCGUGAGGAGUUCCUCAAGGACUCCUUACCCAAGUUCAUGGAGUUCUUCACGAAGAAGCUGGAGAAGACGGGGACCUUCUUCUGUGGAGACCAGCCGACCAUCGCCGACCUGCAGAUCUUGGCGCAGCUCAGGUACUUCACGAAGGGCGUGGCAGAUCACGUACCGGCCGAUUGCCUGAAACCGUUCCCAGCGAUCACCGGGUGGAUGGAUCGCAUGCAUGCGAUUCCACAGAUCAAGGCUUGGUAUGGCAAGUGA